UGCGGAACUGUCAGGAACUGUGCGGAACCUGGUGGAACUGCGAAUAUCAGUUCCGAUAGGAACUGUCCCGUAGUUAAAAUUUUUCAGUUAUUUAAAUCAGAAAAGUGCAAUCGUGAAAAAAAACAAUAAUAAAAAGGAAUAAAGGAACAAGGAACUGUCACAUCUUGCUUUACAAAAAACGCCCAAGCUUUUUUAUCGUUGUGUUUUAAAGACGAUGUCCAAACUGUCACGACACGAUGCACUCGAGGAUCUUUCAACGUGGAGUACGAAUGACGUCGAGAACUUGCUCAGAAAGAAUGGAUUGGAGGAGGAAUGUUGCAAGGCAGUCGCAAAAAGAAAUAUUGGUGGGGACGAACUUUUACACUUGACGGAAGGGAAGCUCGCUUUGUGGAAAAACGAUCUCACUCGACCACUAAUAUGGAGCCUCUGGGAAUUUGUAGAAGAAUUGAAGAAAUGUCCUGAGAAGUACGUCGAGGAUAAGAGACAGCAUACUGAAACUGAAUUCGAGGAUCCCGUGAGCGACACGGAUUCUUGGGCCACGGAUUUUGAAGACGAGGUAGAGGAAAGUGUGGAUGAAAAUUUGGAAGCGAAAUCUGUGGAGAUAAGGGCCUUGGCUGUUUCGAGAAGUGCAGAGUUUCGGAAUAGUUUGAAAGUCUUUCAAGAAAAUGAUAAAGCUGCAAUCAAGAAACAGGAAAAUAAAACCACGAAUUUGAAGAACCGGCUGAACAACAAAGCAGUAGACGACAACACCUACGCUAAUUAUGACAUGGGUGCGGAGACAGAAACGACAUACGCUAAUUGCGAAGUAGCUGAAGUGGACGUGACUAAAAUACAGAAAAACGAGUCCAAACUUCACAGUAUCGGUACAAAGAGUUUGGCAGAGCAACUCAAAGAACAACUAAUGCUAAGAGACGCUCAAAAACCGGCUCUCGUACCCAAACCGGAAAUCAUAUCUACGAAUCGGGAAAGUUCGAAGAAACGACAACCCCAGACGUCCUUUCUUCAUACGAAAACGUCAAAGAAGCAGAAUGGCGGAAAUGAUGUUCAAAAAAGAAUGUCUGUUCCGCCGCCAGCGGAGCCAAAAAAGGAGAAAGAGACUCCUGUUGCUCAAAUUAGUGAUAGCGUAAAUAAGAAUUUGCCAAAGCCUCCUGGUUUGAUCAGAAGCUUUGAUCUGGUUGCAAACUUGCCUACGAGGACAGAGGAAAGCGAAGACGAAUACGAAGCUUUCGAUGAGCAAAUUAUUGAGCAACACCAGAGAAGAGAGUCAAUGGCUAGAGUCGAUAGCAAACAAUCUCUGACAAGUGGCCAUCAGAGUUCGGUUGAGAGCGUUUAUCAACCUCCGAGUAUUACGAGCCGUGACGAGGAGGAAGAAUAUGAAAUUUACGAGUCUAUUACUGAAGCACCGGAUGAAAAUGAAGGCGACGGAAAGCCAACAACAAAGUCAAAGAGUUUAGAAAAUCCCCCACCACUGCCUGCAAAAAUUCCUAGCACUAAACCUGAUAAUAAUAUAGAGCGUUCUCCGGAUAAGAAAUUUUCUACUUUGCCAAAUUCAGGAAGCAACACUUCCUUAUCUUCAGCAACUAGGCCAUUACCACCUCCUCCUGAUAGGCAGUCUUAUAUGGACAAGCCAUGGUUUCAUAAUGUUUCAAGAGAACAAGCCAUGAUUUUAAUCAGAGAACAAAGUACUUAUGGUAAUAAUCCACUGGAUGGUUAUUUCCUAAUAAGACCUUCCACGUCGAAUCCCAACAAUCCUUUAACUCUUGUUCUUUGGUACAAAGAUAGAGUUUACAAUGUUCCUGUUCGAAAAAGAACGGAUAACAGGUUUGCUUUGGGAUCAGCGAAGGUAAACGAGCAAUCUUUUGCGACUAUUGAAGAAAUAGUGCCUUAUUAUACAAGAGAGGAAUUAUUCCUAUACACUGGUGGAAUAUUAAUGGGAAGUGCCAAAUUAACAGACACACCGCCAAAAUAAUUUAAAUAUAAUAUUUCCUCACUGAACAAUUAAAAAAAGUAUAUAAAACACACAAGUUGGGGAAACCUCCCCACAGUGGAUAAUCAUUAAUUAUCAUCGCAGUAUAUACGUUAAAUAAGUAAUUUUAAUUUUAAUUUAUAAAUAAUUACAGUGCCUUACCUAUUAAUUAAAUUAAACUAGUUUUUUUACAUAAAUUAAUAUUUUUAAUUAAUGAUUAUCCACUGCAGAUUGCACUAUCCACUGUAGGCAGGUUUCUCCAAUGUUAGAUUACAGACUUUUUAUAUCAAAUUAAAUGUACAUAAAUGUUUCUA